AGCGGAGCCGCCGGAAAUGUGGCGACCGUUGCAGCUGUGCCGCUUCCACGCAGCCCUGCUGCAGCCCCGGGCCGCGCCCUGGAGCCCGCACCGCCCUCCUCGGGAGGACACUCAGCGCCCGCCAGCCAGGGGUCAGUGGUCCUGGCGGCUGCGGCCCGUGUGGAGGAAGGUGCUCCCGGCCGCGGCGGUGGGGCUGCCCCUGCUGCUGGGCGUCCACUAUGUCAGCGCCGCGCCCCAGGAGAGGAGGCGGAUGCGGCUGGUGCUGGACGGCCUCGGGCGCUUCAGCAGGUCCCUGCGCGUCGGCCUGCAGAUCUCCCUGGACUACUGGUGGUGCGCUAACGUCACGCUGCGGGGCGUGGAGGAGAACAGCCCGCGGUACGCCGAGGUGAUGUCCGCGUGUCACCAGAGGGCGGCUGACGCCCUGGUGGCGGGGGCCAUCAGGAACGGGGGCCUCUACAUCAAGCUGGGCCAGGGGCUCUGCUCCUUCAACCACCUGCUGCCCCCCGAGUACAUCCAGACGCUGCGCGUGCUGGAGGACAAGGCCCUCACGCGGGGCUUCCGGGAGGUGGAGGAGCUGUUUCUGGAGGACUUCCAGGCACCGCCCCACCAGCUCUUCCGGGAGUUCGACUACCGGCCCAUCGCCGCCGCCAGCCUGGCCCAGGUGCACCGCGCGCGGCUGCAGGACGGCACUGCCGUGGCAGUCAAGGUGCAGUACAUCGACCUGCGGGACCGCUUCGACGGGGACAUCUACACUCUGGAGCUGCUGCUGCGGCUGGUGGAGCUCAUGCACCCCAGCUUCGGCUUCGGCUGGGUGCUGCAGGACCUGAAGGGGACCCUGGCCCAGGAGCUGGACUUCGAGAUGGAGGGCCGGAACGCCGAGCGCUGCGCGCGGGAGCUGCAGCACCUGAGCUACGUUGUGGUCCCCCGUGUCUACUGGGACAUGUCCAGCAAGCGCGUGCUGACGGCCGAGUUCUGCGAGGGCUGCAAGGUCACUGACUUGGAGGCCAUCAAGGCCAUGGGGCUGGCGGUGCCGGACAUCGCCAGGAAGCUCAUCCAGGCCUUCGCGGAGCAGAUCUUCUACACGGGCUUCAUCCACUCCGACCCCCACCCAGGCAACGUUCUCGUGCGGAAGGGGCCGGACGAGAAGGCACAGCUGGUGCUGCUGGACCACGGGCUGUACCAGUUCCUCGAUGAGAAGGACCGGACGGCGCUGUGUCAGCUGUGGCGGGCCAUCAUCCUGAGGGACGACGCUGCCAUGAAGGCGCACGCGGCUGUGCUCGGGGUGCGAGACUACUUCCUGUUCUCCGAGGUGCUCAUGCAGCGGCCGGUGCGCCUGGGCCAGCUGUGGCGCUCGCACCUGCUGAGCCAGGAGGAGGUGGCCUACAUGCAGACCAUGGCGCGCGAGCACUUUGAUGACAUCAUGACCGUGCUCAAGGCGCUGCCGCGCUCCAUGCUGCUGGUGCUGCGCAACAUCAACACGGUGCGCGCCAUCAACACGGGCCUGGGCGCCCCCGUGGACCGCUACUUCCUCAUGGCCAAGAGUGCGGUCAAGGGCUGGAGCCAGCUGGUGGGCACCGUACGCCAGGGCUUCUACGGGGCGAGCCUUCUGCGCCCCCUCAGGGUCCUCUGGGAGAUGUUCAAGUUUGAAGUGGCCCUGAGGCUGGAGAUCCUGUCCAUGCGGCUCACCUCCCUGCUGAUUCGGACCCUGGUCUACCUGGGCUUCAUGCAGGAGCCCGAGGGCCUGUAUGAGUACCUAGAGGCCUAGGGCGGCCGGGCGGGAGGACGAGGACAUGGACUGCGCCGGGCCUGUGGAUGGAGCCAGCUGCGGCGGGAAGGGUGCACACCCCAAGACCUGGGGGCUGGGUCAACUGUGGCCUGUGGCCGCGAGCAGGGGGACCUGUGGGGCUCGGACCACGACCUGCAAUGACCACAUGCUUUUCUCAAAUCAAAACUUUCAUGUUUGUGUUUUGUACAAAAAAGGUGUGGGGUGGGGGCCAGGGCCGGCCAGGCGUCUAGAAGUGGGCGGUCACUCGGUCG